CUCGAUCGAACCCCGCCUCGAUCGAAUGAACAAACGAACGAACGUCUGAACUGGAAAUAGCAGGGUUCGACUCGACAAAUGCUUUCAAGAUCCAGACAUCAGCCUAGGCCAUGGCGUUCGCCGCACAGUUGGGAUCCCAGGUUGAAGAGCUCAUAGAAGCCAUAUGCCCCAAUAUUUAUGAGUCUCAAAGGAGACGGGUCGUUUCCCUCCGCGAUGAAUGCCUCAAGACACUCCGUCACCACACCUUCACUCGGACAAAUCAGUUCUUGGUUGAGGAAGAACUGAACGGACUUCAAGAAAAAUUCGUCGUGAAUGGCCGUGAUGGGCUAGCAGCUGCCUUGGAGACCCGCCGGGGCAAUCUUGAGCCACUCUCAACUAAAUGGACGCCUGAUAUUCUUCACUUGUUAUUGGAGCUAUCAGAUCAACCUCUCCAACAGUCUCACCUGGCCGAUCUUGACUUGUUGCAAAAACCAGACUUCGAUUCUGGACCGGUUUUGAAAUGGGAGGAUAUUGCCAAUGAGGAUGGCUGGGCCCAUGACCGAGCUUUGUGGAGGAAUGUCGACUUUGGUGCCGGAAGCUCUGAGGAUGGGUCUUAUGAAGAACAAUCAGUCACAGGUGACUCUUCCGACUCGGAGGAUACAUCCAUCUCAGAUGCCACCCCUCAGCUUAAGAUUCCUCAAGACUCCAACUCGACCAGGAUAAAUUCAUUCAACCUAGACGAUGUUAAAAGGUCUCAAUCAUGGCGUUUGGAAUCACCUCAGACUGACGAGGGGGGACGUACCAGCAAAAUACCAAUCACAGAGGCACAAAUCGUCAGAGAAAUCUUGUUCAUGCUGCAGGGCCACAGAACCUCACUUUUUGACGAGAAAUGCACCCCGGUGCUUGCCUAUCAGCUAUCAGAGGUCUCGUGGGAGACGUACAGGGCUUUGAUCACAGCCGUGGCGGAAACAGGACGCCCACUGCAACCGCUUCGAGGUUUUAUCGAAAGCCGUCAAGACGUACCCUUACUCCAAACCUUCCAGGAUUGCAUUCGGGAUGCCCUCAGAGCAUUCGACAGGGAGAUUGCAGGCAUGCAGGCUCGCUAUGCAGAUCCAAAGAUGGACGUCAUGGUCAGCAUUAUGGCAGUCAUGGAAGAGGCACAAAUCCAUCUGGCUUCUUUACGAUCGCUUGGGGCCAUUGUGCAGAGGCUUCGAGAUGAGCGCUACCCCCACGCAUUUCGCUACUUGGAGCUUUUGUUCGAGGCCACAUGCGCAGCACAAUUGCAAGGCGAACCGGCUGCCUACAAGACACUAGGAUCUACUUUUCUCAAAUGUUUUCAAGUUUACUUGCGUCCUAUCAGGCUAUGGAUGGAGGAAGGAGAGCUCCUGCCUGGUGACAAGAUCUUCUUUAUCUCUGAAUCCAAGGUCAAACUGCCAUUGAAUCAGAUCUGGCAGAACCAGUUCAAGCUUCGCCAGACUCUGGACGGACGGUUGCAUGCACCGAGAUUCCUCCAGUUUGCAGUGGCGCGAAUAUAUACGACUGGCAAAAGCAUUGUAGUCUUGAAGCAUCUGGGAAUGAGCGACUUGGCUGCGAGCCACCAGCAGAGCCGACGGCCUCCUAGUCUCGAAUUUGACGACGUUUGUCCACCUGGUUCUGAACUUGCCCCGUUCUCAGAGCUCUUUGCCAAUGUGUUUGAUGCGUGGAUCAAAAGCAAACACCAUGCGACAUCCUCUGUACUCCAAAAGGCUCUAUUCGAAUCCUGCGGCUUGCGAUCUACAUUGAACACCCUUCAGCACUUGUAUCUCAUGAAGGACGGUGCCGCUUCCGACUAUUUUACUUCGGCCGUGUUUGUUAAGAUGGAGAAGAGGCAGUCUGGCUGGGACGACCGCUUCACGCUAACAGAGCUUGCUCAGGAGGCUUUCUCUGGGUUGCUGGACGUGCAUCGCGUGUCAGCAUCAUUUGACAAGCCAGAGGGCGCUCGUUCUCACAUGGCCGAAGGUCGGAUUUCUAUUCGUGAGACGCUCCCUAGGCUCAAGCUUCGGUAUCGUAUGGCCUGGCCAGUUCAGCUGGUGAUCAAAGGUGACUGUCUCGAGAAGUACCAGUGCAUCUAUACAAUAUUAUUGCAGCUGCGGCUAUCGAUACAUGCACUGAACAUGCAACGCUUACUACUGGGUGGAAAGGCCGAGGACGGCAUGCUCCGGGCAGAGUCCAGUGCCUACUACCGUCUGCGUACGAAGCUGUUGUGGUUCUGCAACACUUUGAUGACAUACCUCGCGACUCUGGUGUUCACACCAAACAUCGAAGCGCUGAAGGAGGCAUUGAGCUCGGCAGAAGACGUUGAUGGCAUGAUUCAUCGCCAUGCGGCAUUCGUCGCAACGGUGAUCCAGGAGUCAUGUCUGGGACCGCGACUGGACCCCAUAAGGGAGUGCAUGCUAGAUGUACUCGACCUGGCCGUCGAACUGGAAGAUUCGCGUAACCUAGCCGCCAUCAGGGAAGCAACCGAGUCACACGAGAUCAUGCGGCUCUCCACCAUGUCUUCACCCCACAGAGCACCCACGCUGUCGCCGGCCGACUUUCGGAAAUCGCAGCUCAGGGGUCUUUAUGUGAGCCCCAAGGAGAAGGAGGAGGACCACGACGAAGCAGAAGCAGAGGACGACCUUGAUGAACGAGGUUACCAUCGAGCCUCAAACAUGGCUCUCCUACCCGGAAGAGGCAUGAGGGGAGCACGAGACACGACUCCGCAGACGCGGGAGACGUACCCGGCAACGCUCCGGCGGAUCUCAGCCGACUUUGACAGGCACCUCAGGUUCAUCGCUGGCGGGCUCAGGGGUGUCGCUCGUGCGAGCAGUGAACCAGCUGCCGGUAAGUGGGACAUACUUGCUGAGAUGCUUGAAGCUGGGACCUCUUCCAUAUAA